CUUAAAUAAUUAGUAUUUUUAUAUCGCCGGUUGCGUAGCUCACAUAAAUAGCUUGUUGUUGGACCUUACGCGCAGGUCUUGGCGUGGGGACCCACGAUAUUUAUAUCUUAGAUACAUGCAGUAAACAAACCCACAGCCGGCUCAACUACCUCGUUCUUCCCCGGUUAAUAUCCAUAUUCACUGCAUCUAAUAGCAUACGUCUACGGAAUCUGCACCAAUUGAGGCCGGUCUGUAAUACAACCUCCGUCAUGGGCCUCCUCGAAAGCCAUCUGGAGCAGAUCUCCCUCUCCGCAGCUGCCAUAGCUGACCUCCCCUUCCCCCCUCCCAAAAUCUUCGCAAAUGCCAUGCUAGGCCCCCACGACAUCACAACGCUUAUCCGUGACACAGAGCCCCACGAACGAGCCCUCUUCUCCGUCGACCCCGCUACCUCGACUUCUUCAAGACAGUCCCAAAGAAGAGCUACCCGUAGAACCACCACUGCUGCGUCUGGAUCUGCAUUCCCCGACCUAGCCCUACCCCUCCCCGGCGACGGAGGUGACUCGAUGGCCAGCCGCAUCUAUGCCGCAAAACACAACAAGAACCAAUCCGCCGUGGCGCAGGUGCUGGGCGUAGAUAUGGUGGAUGAGAUUAAGAAGUCUAGAGGUGAAAUUAAUGUCGAAGUAUUGCUCAAGGGCGCGGAGAUGUUGUGUAAUGUCUACCCCGUCCAAGGCGCCCAAGAACGUAUCUCCACCCUCCGCCAUCGCCACGAACACCUCUCCACUUCCAUCGCACAUCUGGAGUCGCGCAUUGCGGAGCAAGCUGCGCAGUUGCAGCGCAUGAACCGUUCGCAGGAUUAUUCCAGUGAUUACGAUAUUGCAGAUACGGAAAGAGACGUCGGAGUUGUCCCUGCUGAAGCAGUAUCGCACGUCACGGAGGAGGACUUGCAGCGCGAGUUACUGGAGAUUCGCGAGCUGGAGGAACGGAAGCGGAGGCUGGAAGAGCGGGUGACAGGGAUGGAGAGGGAUCUGGGCGGGCUGAUGAGGUGAACGGAUAAGAUGGAGAACGAGAAAUUUGGGGUUCAUUUUUAUACAUAUGUGCGGCAUAUGAACUUUUAUAUGGAUUUUUACCGCCUAACGCCCGGGGAUAUUAUUUUUAUCCUGAACUACAGAUCCUGCUGUGGAUUGUUUCUAGAGACAUCUCUCCUCGUCCGCCAUCUCCUACCGAUGCAUAAUGCAUAUGAGAAAGAGAAACUCAAUUGCCCCUGGCAGUACCUGAUCUUAGCACUUCGUGCCACGCCCUGCCGGAAGGGGGAAAGAUAGUAAGGUCGCAGAUCACCCUGUUGGUGAUGGAUGGGGAUAUACCUGAUUCAUUCGAUCUUGUGAAAAGACAGCUUCGCCUCGAAUAUCUCGAACAGCCCACUGCAUUCAGUAUCAUGCAUGAAGAAAAGGAUUUGGUUUGCUAAACAGAGCGGCAAAAUCGCAACGACUCGCCUGCUAGCUGCUUUCGAGGAAGUCAGGCUACUCGUUUGAUGAAUCUCUUGUUUAUAGAGACGGGUUCUAAAAGAUAGAGAGCUAUGGGUGGGUUUAUUCAAAGGAAUAGUCAUAAAGAAGAUGUAUUGUUUUAUACGUUGGGAAGCUUGUAUAUCAAUAUCAUCUACUUUUAAGGCCUGCAUGUGGGUGGCGUAUUUCUUUUGGAUAUUUAUAUUUCUGACCCUACCUUUGACCCACCCCAGAAAAGUAGAUAGAAUUUAUUAGAUAUGCGCUGGGUAUGAAUAUCGAGGCAUCUAAUAUUUCAAGAGAAGAUAUUUAAUCUAGAUAGAUCCAUCUCAUCGAUAUCGCUAGGAAAUA